AUGGAUAAAUUACUUACUGAAGAGGAAUAUCAAACUUAUCUUUAUAAAAAGAAACUGGAGGAGUAUGAAACUGGAAAAACUAUAUUGAAGUCCCUUGUUAGCCCUGAACUUUUUGGGAUUUUGGAAGAAUAUAUUGAGAUAAGUAAUUGCCGCGCCAAAGCGUUGCCACUUCACAUAUGGCCACAGCCAUAUGCCCAAGCAACAUUGGUUCAGUGUUCAAUGCGACGCCGACCGAGUUGA